UCUACUGAUAAAGAGUUGCUUUGUUGAGAAGACAUAGAAGCGGUCCUUUUUGUAAUUUAAAUUAAUUAAUUUAUUAAAAGAUAUAUAUAAAUUUAAUUGGUGACGAAGUAACUGGAGUACAGAAAGGGAUUACUAAUUACUUUUUUUUGAGAUACUAAUUGAUAAUGAAGCUGAUAAGUUUUUGUGACCCUACUAGCAACCUUACAUCAGUUUGGUUCAACAAAGGAUUCUCUCCAUGUUUCUUCUACACAUUAUUUCCUUCUUUACUACUAGCCAUCAGUCUAAUAUUUGGCCUCAGUCAACUGUUUUUCUAUCGCAAAUAUGCAAUAAGACUAGAAAGCUAUCAGAUAUCUUAUUCUCCUUGGUUCACUAUUCAACUGACUCUGCCAAUAUUCUUGUCUAUUGAAGCUCUUGCUAGAGUUAUUAUUGAGGUUGUCGUCAUCAAUAAAGGAGUGGCUUAUGGGUACCAGAUUAUGUGCAAUGUCUUUCUCAUUGUAUCAUGGCUGGUGAUUGUCAUCGUAACAUAUGUCGAGUGUAGAUGGACUCUGCCAUCUAUACCAACCAGAGGGCAUGGUUUGGUCGUACUAGUCUUUGUGACCUUGGCAUUCGUCAUCGAGAAUCUGACCUUUUUGUCUUAUUUCAGUCCAUUGUGGUGGUUCGAAGAGAGAAGUCGGUCAAACAACAUAGAGUUAGGCCUCUUCUGCGCCAGGUACUUCUUCACGUCCUUCUAUUUCAUCCUGACUCUGUGUGCGCCUGGAACCAUGGCGAACAGACCAGCUGGUUACCAGCCACUGCCUGGCUAUGAUGGGGAUGAUCCUCUAAUUAGUAUAGAGCGUGGCAUACAGAACGUGAAUGGGGCGUUUCAAGGCAGGGACAGGCAGCGAUCAACAUGGAUGGGUUUUAAGAAGAAGAUGAUUCUUUUGUGGCCAUUCAUGUGGCCAAGAGGAAGCCUACCACUGCAGUUUUGUGUCUUUGUAUGUUUUCUGCUACUGAUUGCUGGCAGGGUUGUUAAUCUCUUCACGCCAAUUUAUUACAAAUUGAUUAUCGACAGUCUGACAAUUACGAAUCAGACUGAAGAGUCCAAGACAGGAGAUGGAAGCACAAGAGCCUACACCUUGUCUGAACUGCAGUUCAGGUGGGAUUACAUACUCACCUAUGUCUUCCUCUGGUUCUUGCAAGGAGGUUCCAUGGGCCUGCUGAAUGGCAUCAGGUCCUUUCUGUGGACGUGGGUGCAACAGUACACCACCAGGGCCGUUGAAGUCAGACUGUUCAGUCAUUUGCAUUCUCUGUCACUGAGAUGGCACCUGACGAGGAAGACAGGGGAGGUAUUGAGAAUCAUGGACAGGGGCACCAAUAGUAUCAAUAGUCUACUCAAUUACAUCAUUUUCAACAUCUUUCCGACCAUAGCCGAUAUAUUCAUCGCCAUUAUCUUCUUCCUCACAGCAUUCAACACCUGGUUUGCAUUCAUCAUAUUCAUCACCAUGCUGGUCUAUUUGAUAUCAACAAUAAUCCUGACUGAGUGGAGAACGAAAUUCAAGAGAGACAUGAAUAGGUUGGAUAACGAGAUGAACGCCAAGGCUGUCGAUUCCCUCCUCAACUUUGAAACGGUGAAAUAUUAUGGUGCCGAGGCAUUUGAGAUUGAAAGAUACAGAGAUGCCAUACUCUCAUUCCAGAAGGCAGAGUGGAUUAGCAUGUCAUCGUUGAAUCUGUUGAACUGCAUGCAGAACUUCAUCAUCACGCUCGGUCUACUGGCUGGUUCGCUUCUCUGCGCCUGGUACGUUGUCGACGGUACCAAAGGGCUGACCGUUGGGGAUUACGUACUUUUCGGUACUUACAUGCUGCAGCUCUACACUCCCCUCAACUGGUUUGGUACUUAUUAUAGAAUGAUUCAGCAGGCUUUCAUUGACAUGGAGAAUAUGUUUGAUCUGCUUAAGGAAAAGCAAGAGAUAAAAGAUGCACCAGAAGCCAAUGAACUUAUUGUAACGAGGGGUGAAGUUGAAUUCAGAAACGUUUCAUUCCAUUAUCGUCCUGACCACCAGAUCCUAACAAACAUCUCUUUUGUGGUACCGCCGGGCAAAACGGUUGCCUUGGUUGGACCAUCGGGUGCCGGUAAAAGCACCAUCAUAAGACUCAUUUUCAGAUUCUAUGAUAUCCAAUCUGGAUCUAUUACGAUUGAUGGCCAGGAUAUAUCUAAGGUCCAACAGCGUUCACUAAGGAGUCUUAUCGGUGUCGUGCCCCAAGAUACCGUCCUCUUCAACAAUGAUAUCGAGUACAACAUAAGGUACGGUAGGGUUGGCGCCACGUCUGGAGAGGUCGAGGACGCUGCUAGGGUCGCCGAGAUACAUGACAGGAUCAUGACCUUUCCUGAAGGCGGUAGCGAUUAUGAUUGUGAUGGAGAUGAAUACGAUGAUGAUGAUCAUCAUCAUCCUUAUGAUGGCGACGAUGACGAUGAUGACGGUUACAGCGACGGUUACAAAACAAUGGUGGGCGAGCGUGGUCUGAAGUUGAGCGGUGGUGAGAAGCAGAGGGUUGCCAUUGCCAGAACUGUUCUUAAGGCUCCUGCCUUUGUGCUACUGGAUGAGGCCACUUCAGCCCUGGACACGAAGACAGAGCGGCAGAUCCAGUCGUCACUUGCGAAAGUUUGCGAAAACAGGACGACGAUCAUUGUCGCCCAUAGACUCUCAACCAUCAUACACGCCGACAAGAUUAUUGUUCUCAAGGACGGGUGCAUAGUUGAGAGUGGCAGACACGAGGAACUGCUGGAGAUUGAAGAUGGCGUGUACACGAACAUGUGGAACCAGCAACUGACCAAACAGGACGAUUCGCCAAUCACUGAUUCAUUUAAUUCAUCGCAGAGGAAUGAAGGCUGAUGACGACGAUGAAGAAGAUGAAGAUCUGAUGAUGAUAUGAUGACGACGAUGAUGAUGGUGUUAAUAACAAUGAUUGUAUCAUUUUUAUAAUGAAUGUUACAAUGCUGAUUAACAUGCAGUCCUAUUCAUUAUUAGCAAUUAGAGUAAAAUUUUUAUGAAGAAAAAUGAUGUUGCUAGAUUAUAAUGAGAAUUGAAUUCUUUUAGAAAGCCUUCCAUGUUAACAUAUUAAGUAGUAGAUGCCUUUGCAUGAGCUGUGUAUAAACAGUCAAGUGUUAUUUUUUAUUUUAGAUAUAUUUCUAUAAUUCUGUUCGUUUGUAUUGUUUGUCUAUGUUUGUCUACGUCCAAAUGUUAUUCCUGUGAUUUUUGUAGAAAUUUAAAAUUACAAAGCUCUAAAAAAUGCAGAGCUUAUUUUAUGUGUUUGUUUAAUGUAUGUAUGCAUGUGCAAUGUUUCCAUCCUUAAAACGUUCGGGUACUUAUAAUCGUAAGCAAGGACCAGCAUACUUUUAAAAGGAGUUUAUAAUUUUUAAUUAAAUUUUCUUCUUAAUUAGUUAGUAAUUUAUAAUUGUUAACGGCGAUUGUGUUGAAUUGUAAAAAUUGUUAUGUUAUUUCUAUGUAAAAUCAAAAGAUGGUCAUGAUUGAAAUGAUUUUAAAAUAAAUUGUUCCAUUUUUUUAUUUUUAGUUCAAUGAAUGAUUGUUAAGUUAAUGAUUUUUUUUAUUAUAAGUCGAGUUAAUGAUUUAAUAUUAUAAAGUAAAGUUAACAAUAUAUUGUUGGUUGAAAUUGACUUACAUGAUAAUCAAAAUGCUGCAGCAAUUAGUGCUUGUUAAUACUACUACCCUGUUAUUUUAAAUUCAUGCUUAUUAUUUACUUUUUUUAUGUUUUGUUUUUUAUUGCUCAGUUGGCCAGUCAUUAUUAAUAUAAAAUAUUAAUAAAAUCCAAAUCGAUUUUUGCGAAAAUGUUCAAUUGAUAAGUGGUGGACAUUUUUUAAAAUGUGUUUUUGUUCCCUUGCCAAACUUUGAAUGAUGUUGUUACUGUUAAUUUGGAUACUGAAGUAUGUUUUUCAGUUAAGUUUCAGUUACUCGUUGCUGAGUUUUUCAAUUUUUUCUUCAAGUUUACUGGAAAUGUUUCAUUCAUUUGUUGCAUAAAAUUUGAUUUUCGAAAAAGGAGGCACUUCAGCAAAGUGGUUACACUUUAAAAUAAAGUUGAUAAUUAAUAUAUCGAUAUAAUGUCUUUGUAUUACGCUGAUGUAUUGAAAGUUUAUAAUGAUUGACACUGAAGUUGAAAUAAACGAGAAAAAUCAAGGU